AAAAUUACAAAAGAGCGCCUGGAGAUCCGUUUUUCGAGCGAGCCAAAAAAAAAAAAAGAGAAACUCGCUCCUCUUCUAGUUCUUCUCCUCGUCGCUCUGAUCCAAGCUCUGGUUUUGGCCGGUUCCGGUGCUGACGUGGCGGAGGCGGUGGUGUCGCAACCCAUGAGGAUGUGAUCUCCUAUGGCCUCGGAAUAGACCAAGUCGGAGAACGCAUGGUCGUCGUCGUCGUCAUCCAGUUUGGCCGUGGUUCUCCGAUUUGCGAUCCAGAAACGUUCUAGGAGCUUCUCCCCCGCCCGCCCGUUUCUGGAUUGAAAGCUCUGCUGGUUCAGCGGGAUGUCGUUCAAACACAUUGUUCGCGAGCUGAGAGAGAUGAGAGAUGGAAUUGGGAGCAUGUCGAGGAGAGUGGGUGAAAGGAGGCUUUGGCACAGUCGAACCAUGUCGCAUAUUGCUCCUGAUCUGGCUUCAACCCCUCCAACUCCUUUGAUUCAACAGGGUCAGUGGGCGAAUUUACCUCCGGAGUUGCUUUCGGACAUAAUAGAGAGGGUUGAAGAGAGUGAAACAUCGUGGCCUGCUCGGUCUGCCGUUGUCUUUUGUGCGUCAGUUUGCAAGUCAUGGAGGGAUAUCACGAGGGAGAUUGUCAAAACUCCUGAAGAAUGCGGAACGCUCACAUUUCCUAUCUCAUUGAAGCAGCCCGGGCCUCGUGAGUCUCCAAUGCAGUGCUUCAUCAAAAGGAAUAGAGCGACUUCCACAUUUUAUCUGUACUUUGGUCUGGUGCCUGCUGAGGGCGCGCGAGAUAAAUUACUGUUAGCAGCCAAAAGGAUCAGACGGGCAACAAGCACAGAGUUUGUUAUAUCUUUGGUCGCAGAUGAUUUCUCUCGAGCUAGCAGUACAUAUGUUGGUAAACUGAGGUCCAACUUCUUGGGUACCAAGUUUACCAUAUAUGAUAGCCAGCCGAUAUGUGAUGCAGUAGACCAGCCAAACAGUCGAUCAUCUCGAAGGUUUAAUUCUAAGCAGGUAUCUCCAAGAGUUCCAGCGUGUAACUACAAUGUUGGGACUGUCUCUUAUGAGCUCAAUAUUCUCCGCACAAGAGGCCCAAGAAGAAUGCAGUGUGCUAUGCACUCUAUUCCUGUCUCUUCUAUUCAGGAGGGAGGCACCGCCCCAACACCAACAUUGUUCCCACAAGUCUAUGAUGAACAAUUUUCUCCCUCACCUAGUUUAAAAGACAAGGAGCUAGUCACAGAUUUCAACUCUACACCCUCUACACCCUUUUUGCAGUCACCACUAUCCAACCCAGGUGCAGAACCGCUGAUUUUGAAAAACAAGUCUCCUAGGUGGCAUGAGCAGCUACAAUGCUGGUGCCUUAACUUCAGAGGGCGUGUUACUGUGGCUUCCGUCAAAAAUUUCCAGCUUGCCGCAGCUGUUGAUCCAUCCCACAAUGUUUCAGCCGAACAGCAAGAUAGGGUAAUCCUGCAGUUUGGAAAGAUUGGAAAAGACAUCUUCACCAUGGAUUACCGCUACCCGCUGUCCUGUUUCCAAGCAUUUGCAAUCUGCUUAAGCACCUUCGACACCAAACCAGCUUGUGAAUGAAACUUGAUUGUAGAACAUGAUCAUCAUUUGCUGAAUCUCAUUAUUAAUUUUGAACCACAUGUAUGGUCACUAUGUUCUACGUAAAAGUUCUUCAUGCUUUGAUCA